CAAGACAGAGAAUAAAAUAUAAACAGAAUCCCUCUCGACCAGUCCGAAGUUCCCAAGAUGAUAAACAAGAAUGGUAAAAGAGUUAGAGAUGAGUCACCGGCCAAGACUGCGGAAUCGGUAGUUGCUGAUCAGAGGUUUAGAGGAAGAUCUUCACCGAGCCACUCAUCAUCAUCCCUUUGCUCGUGCUUGUCGACGACUGAGGAAAAGAAAGAGGAAGUUGCAUCGUCGUGGAUUGAUGAGGAACCGUCGGUGCUGGUGUUGGUGGGAUGUCGAAGAUGUCUUAUGUAUACUAUGGUUAUGCAAAAAAGGCUACGUUGCCUUAAUUGUAAAUGCAAUGAUCAGUUGAUCCUAUUUUAG